CUAGGCGAGGACUAAGGAGUGACGAGGGCGGAGCUAUGGAUAUUUGCAAACUGUGCAUUUGGGCAAGCAUCGCUCUUACAAACGCUUUGGAUGACGAAGCUGUCGUCUACGUGAACGACUUGGGAGGCAUCGAAGUGAAAGCAACCCUAGGAGGCGACAUCAAGCUGCUCCCUGGAUCUGGCGGUGCAGUCCACGUGGACAACACACGCCUGAUAACAGACGGAUUGAGAAUCGUCAACUUCACUGACAUCGCCCAAAAUGUGCACGAUCUGUGGAAAACAGUCAAUCUAUUGCAAACGGACAACAAACGGUUGUCUACAAAUUUAAAUAGUUCAAUGCAGGCGCUGCAGCAAAGGGUUCGAGUUUUGGAAAACGAAAACAAACAGUUGAGGACAGCAAAUGAGCAGCUGAAGCAAAAUGUGACGGCAGUAUCUAAUGCGACACAGAACCUCAAUCAACAAGCUGCAAGAGCACCCAUUGGCUCUCUUCAAAAUCCAGCACAGUCGUGCCAGCAUCUUCUGGAUACCGACAAGCAUGCACCCAGUGGUGAAUACUGGAUUCAACCUCAAGGGGCGAACAAAAUGCAAGUCUAUUGUGAGAUGGAUGUACGUGGAGGUGGAUUUACGUUUGUCUCAACCCGGGCAGUGACCGCUAGUGCAACAUCAUCAAGCAUAAGUCAGCUGAUGACCAACAAGUCGUCUGUACUCUUUCGUUUUGUGACUGAUAAGUUUGAGCAGUACUACUCAAUCGUCGAGCAACUGGACAAGUUCAAAAACAAGCCUUUGUCUGUUGCACAAAACAGUAAUGCUGGCUAUGCACAACCAAUCAACAAAGGCACAAUUGGUGCUGCAGGUUACCUAUUUGUUGGCGUACUCGACGCUGUGACAGCUAGUGUGAAAGGUACACUGCAGGGAUACAAAUCCAACGGAAUUCCAAUCACCUUCACCAACUGUGAUGGCAACCCGAAUUCAUACAUUGCCUUGUUUCCAAAUCAUGAUGAGUUGUCUCCAAGUUCAUAUCAUGUACCGCUUGGCUUUUUUAAUAGGUGGAGUAACACCUUUACUGCAAUACCAGCAAGUCUCAAGAUGCCUCGAAAGUAUUUCUUUUUCACAGAGAUGCACUUUGGAGGUUGUGGUGUUUACUCCUCCAGUGAUAAUUGGGGUUCCGUAACAGCAUCUGCCGUUGGGGUUCGUUGAUGCAGCAACAUGCAGCAAUGAAUCAAUGAAUGGAAAUGUAGACUACAAAAACAGGUUGUUAUUGCAUGCUUUCAUUUGUCAAUUAUUGCAACAUUGCCAUCUGAGGCGCUUCUUCUGUUCUACUGCAUGUCUGCUUUAGUGGUAACUUGAAAUUCCGGUUUUUAUAAAUUCAAUGUAGCAACUGCUUUAGUAUAUGCAUUGCUUUGGUAUCUGGUUCAGUAAGUCCUGAAGUCAGUAAGUUAUUAGACGGUUGU